GGCAGCUGGCCCCGCCCACCUCCCGGGCCCGCCCCGCCCCUCCCUGCCGGGCGGUCCUCGCUUCUUGGCCGGGGGGCCUUGCCUCAACCUCGGCUUCGCCUCCCCGCCGAGGCGUAGCUGCGCGGUUUGCGAAGCUCCCGCGACCCAGAAACAGUCGGGCGCGGGCGGAGCGGCGGGGCUGUGUAGCUGCGCCAUGGCCGCGUCGGCGUGGUGCUGCCUGCGUUGCUGCAGGGACGGCGGGACCGGCCACAUUCCUCUCAAGGAGAUGCCGGCCGUACAGCUGGACACGCAGCACAUGGGAACAGAUGUUGUCAUUGUGAAAAAUGGAAGAAGAAUCUGUGGCACCGGAGGGUGUUUAGCCAGUGCACCUUUACAUCAGAACAAAAGCUACUUUGAGUUCAAAAUCCAGUCUACUGGAAUCUGGGGUAUAGGUGUUGCAACUCAGAAAGUGAACUUGAACCAGAUUCCUCUCGGCCGAGACAUGCAUAGUCUGGUGAUGAGAAACGAUGGAGCCCUGUACCACAACAACGAAGAAAAGAGCAGGCUGCCAGCCAACAGCCUUCCUCAGGAGGGCGAUGUAGUGUUGAUGACAGUGCAAUUCUGGAUUGCCAGUUCAGUGAAUUUUAUCAUACUCCUCCACCAGGUUUUGAAAAAAUAUUAUUUGAGCAGCAGAUCUUCUGAAUGUGUUUGUUUUCAAAACUGGCGCUUCUGCACAACCACACAGCGCUUGCCACUUAAAGCUCUCCCUGACCUAGAGAGGGAAACUCAUCCUGAAAAUCGCUCCUUCUUACUGUUGUCUGAGGAACCCGUGUCUUCAUUAUACCAGGCUGAAGUUUGAUUUGCAAUAUCUAGGCAUUGUGAAUCAACACUUGGGGCCACUUAUUUAAUCUUAUUUAAACUAAUAAACCAUGGGUUUGGUUAACAGUAUUACAUGGUAACAUGUAUAUAAAUAUUUAAAGGGAAAUUUUCUUAUAUAAAGUAUUUGUUUGACAGUGA